AUGUCGUCCCUGGAUGCCACUCCCUCGACUCCCUCACAGCCACUGCCCCUCCCAGCCGGCGUCUCCAGUCGCCUAAUCGAGACGCGCGAUCUCACUUUCCACAUUCUCGAGGCGGGCGCCACUCCCGCCCAUGAUCGCCCGUUGAUUGUUCUCCUGCAUGGUUUUCCUGAAAUCGCCUAUUCAUGGCGUCGAGUCCUGCCCCAGCUUGCAGCUGCGGGCUUCCACGCGGUCGCUCCUGAUCAGCGCGGGUUCGGCCGAACCACGGGCUGGGAUACGCGGGCGUAUGAGGAUGUAGAUCUGACGACUUUUUCGAUGACUGAGCUGGUCCGGGAUAUCGUCAUUCUUGUACAUGCUUUGGGAUAUCGCGAAGUGCAGUGCGUUGCUGGUCAUGACUGUGGUGCCAUGACGGCUGCUACCUGUGCCUUGAUACGCCCGGAUUUCUUCCGUAGUGUGGUGCUGAUGAGCCACCCUUUCAAUGGCAGUCCCACCUUGCCCUUCAAUACUGCUAAUGAAGGCACUGUGGAGGAACAGCGUGAGGCUGCUGCGAGAGGGGGAGGCGGCGGUACGGAGGGAUCUGCGGCUGCUUUGGGGAUCCAUGAAGCUCUGGCUCAACAUGGCCGCAAGCACUAUAAAUGGUACUAUUCGACGCCCCAGGCGAGUCCAGACAUGUCCACGUUAUCUCGUGAUGAAAUGCACCACUUCCUGCGUGGGUAUUUCCAUCUCAAGAGCGGAUCCUGGGCGGGGAACCAGCCGCAUCCGUUGAAGAGCUGGACUGCAGAUGAAAUAGUUCAGAUGCCGGGCUACUAUAUCAUGCCAUUAGACGCUACCAUGCCAGAGACUGUGGAGAGAGACAUGAAAGAUGAGCCAACACAGGGACAAAGCUCUUAUUCCUGGCUCCCAGAUGAUGAACUUGCUGUUUACGCAGGCGAGUAUGUUCGGACCGGCUUCCAAGGAGGCUUGAAUUGGUACCGUGUGCGCACUGCUCCAGAUGGUCGAUAUACGCGAGACUAUGAUACCUUUGCCGGUAAGAAGAUUGAGUGUCCAUGCGCAUUCGUCUCUGGCAAGCAGGAUUGGGGUAUCUAUCAAGAGCCCGGGGCACUGGACAAGAUGACCAGCGGUGCAGUUUGUUCCGAUUUUCGAAUUCUCCGUUUACUCGAUGGAGUCGGUCACUGGGUACCCCAGGAAAGCCCAAAUGAAGUGGUGCAAACAAUACUCGAGUUGGCGGGAUUGGACAGGUAG